CAAUAUUUAUUUCUUUUUCCACUCAGCCAAUUAACGAUGCAAAUAGCGUCUGGAAUUUCACUUUUCCGACGACUGGGAAUUCGAAAGGCGACCAUAUAACCAGCCAUGUCAGUACACGACCAAGCGGCGGCGGCGGCCGUGAAACUAGCUAUGGCGGCGGACGGGGCACUUGUCGGCCUAGCCCUAGCGUACAUUGCCGUACGGAGUAUUUUCAUGUUCAAAGCCAAGUCUUCCGCCCUUCACAAAAUCAACGACGCGCCGUCCCUCCGUGUCUCUGAUCUCCGUUCCUUAAUUUCGUUGUCUUCUGAAAGUAAUGUCAAUUCUGAUCAAUCCGAUGAUGACGGUAAGCUUGUGAUCAUUCGCGGUACAGUGGAGGCGAAAUCUGCUGUUGAGGGUAACUGGAAGAGCUUAAGGGCUAAUAUUCUCUCCGCUCAUGAGUCUGCUGAAAAAGGCGUUAUCUUGCAACGCACUCAAACCUGUAUCUACAAUGAAUGGAGAGGCUUCUUUGGGUGGACUGGUGAUCUACGUUCAAUAUUUCCAAGAUACUGGAAGGAACAAGAUUCUUCCUCUUUGAGAAUGGUUCCUUUUGUUGUUGUUGAAGCUGGGAGGUGGCCACAACCUGAAUAUGUUAAUGUGAACAUGGAUGGCUCAAGGCAUCCCCUACCUCUUGUGACAGUUUAUCAUCACUUACAGCCUGUAAAUGCUACUCCGCUCACUUUCCUCCAGGCGCUCUUUGGUCAUCCCUAUCCUGUUGGGGUACUGGAUGAAGAAAAAAUUUUGCCACUUGGAAAAGAUAUAACAGCUGUUGGUGUUUGCAGCUCAAAAGAUGGGAUUUUUGAGAUCAAAUCAUGCAAGGACCUACCCUAUUUCUUGUCUGACAUGACCAAGGAUCAAAUGCUGGUAGAUCUUGCCUUUAAAACAAAAGUUUUGCUGUGGAGUGGAGUUGUGCUUGGUUCAUUUGCAGUUGGUGUCCUUGGCUAUGCUGCUGUGAGGAACUGGAAUAGAUGGAAGGAACGGAGACACCAUAGGCAGGUCCAGCAACAAAAUGCUUCUGCUAGCAAUGAAGCUGAUUCGCAGGUUAGUGCUGAUGAGGAAACUGGAGAUGUUCCCGAUGGGCAGUUGUGUGUGAUUUGCCUAAUGAGAAGGAGGCGGUCAGCAUUCGUUCCGUGUGGACAUCUGGUUUGUUGCCAGCGAUGUGCCUUGUCAGUUGAACGCGAUUUAGCACCCAAGUGUCCUGUAUGUAGGCAGUCAAUUCAUAGUUCUGUAAUGAUAUAUGAUUCUUGAGGAGCAAAUAGUAUGCGUGAUUUUGAGUAGCUCAUGCUGGGAAGGUGGUUGUGCAUUUUGUAAAGCAUCAUGCAAGUGAAAACCGCAUAAGAAGUCUCAUACCAAUGGACCUGAAGUGGGAACAUGUGAGGAUGGUGGAUGAUAGGACUGAUGGUAGAUGUUUUUCGCUGUGCCAAUGGGUAAUCAGAUACUAAAAUCUAACACGCAUGUUAUUUGUGUGCCUGUACAUACAUAUUUUGCAGACUUUUUGUUGUAUCCUUAAAAUUCAAUAUUCACUAUAGUAUAACUGGGAAGGAAAUCUUGUCAAUGUGGUAACAGCCAGUAAUUGUAAAUAAGCUUCCCCUACUGAAAGUAGUAGUACAGCAUGACUUGCUAGGAGUCAUUUUGCUUGAAAA